GGAGGUAACGGGCGCGAAGAGUGGGCUGUAGGGCACUUUCAACACCGUCGCCAUCAUGAGCUAUUCAGGCUAUGGAAACUGGAACUCUGGCUCAAACAGAGGUUAUGGAGACUACAAUUAUGGAUAUGGAUACAGUCAGGAUAACUCUGGCAAUUAUGGGUAUGGUAUGGCCACUUCAAACUCUUGGGAAAUGCCUAAUUCAGCUACAGACAUGAACCUUAACACUUCCACUGGUACCAGUGCUGAUGGUGUAAUAACAAAAUUUAACCAGCGCUUAGAUAUGGUGUCUCAUCUAGAAACUGACACGAUGCAAGGGGGACAUUAUGGCUCAGGUGAAGACAGGUAUGAUACAUAUGAGUCCUUCGACUCAAGGUCUUCACUGAACGACCAUGAUCUGUACAGAUCCGGCUACGAUUACAGUGAGCCUGAACAUGAAACCGACAAUGCCUAUGAGGGCCACUAUGACAACUCCUAUGAGUUGGACUCAGGGUCACUGGAAGUAGAUCAGGUUAGCCAGAAUCCAAUUCCUGGAUGCAUUGUAGCCAGUUAA